UUAGCAACUAUAAAGAAGAGAACAUUCGUCCGCUUACUUUUGAGAACAUUAAACCAAAUUAUUAUAUACCACUUUUUCGGAACAAAAUAAUACGCCGAACUUAAAAAGUGAUCAAUUUUAUACUGAUUCAAUAUUAUAUUACGAUUGUAGUACUCCUCAUUAUUAUAUACCAUUGUAGAAAGGUGGAGAAAUAUUGCGAAAGUGCGACGAAAGAAUUAACGCUAAAAGCGAAGAAGUUUAAAGCAAUUUGGACAUUUGUUGAAAGUGUUGCAGUAAAUUAAAAUACUUGUAUCAUUGUGGUAUUAAAUUAAAUAAAAGUAAAGUAAUUGAAAUUAGGUGGUUGUUUGCGAAAAAAAGACUUGACCUAACUCCCCUCUCCCCGCGCGGGCCCUUGGGUUGGCAAUUGGAUUAUUUAGUUGAUUAAAUUCUAAAACUUGUCCUCGUGAGGCACUUUCUAUUAAACAAAAAUGAAUCUUUCAUUUGCUGGAUGUGGAUUUUUAGGCAUUUACCAUGUAGGUGUGGCAGUAUGUUUCAAAAAAUACGCACCACAUCUUUUGUUGGAGAAAAUUGGAGGAGCUUCUGCUGGCGCACUUUCAGCAUGCUGUUUACUUUGCGAUUUGCCGUUAGGCAGCAUGACAUCUGACUUUUUCCGUGUUGUCAACGAAGCUCGCCGUCAUUCUCUGGGCCCUUUUAGCCCUUCAUUUAAUAUACAAACUUGCCUAUUUGAGGGUUUACAAAAGCAUUUGCCAGAGGACGCGCACAAACGUGUUAGCGGACGUUUGCAUAUCUCCAUGACUCGAGUGCAUGAUGGCAAAAAUGUCAUAAUCUCUGAAUUUGAGUCACGCGACGAACUUUUGCAGGCCUUACUGUGUGCAUGCUUUAUUCCAGGCUUUUCGGGUAUAUUCCCGCCUCGAUUUCGUGGUGUACGCUAUAUGGAUGGAGCCUUCUCAGACAAUUUACCAAUAUUAGAUGAAAACACAAUUACUGUGAGUCCGUUCUGUGGCGAGAGCGAUAUAUGUCCACGUGAUCAAAGUUCGCAACUUUUUCAUUUGAAUUGGGCCAAUACGAGUAUAGAAAUAUCGCGACAGAAUGUUAACCGUUUUGUUCGUAUACUUUUCCCACCACGUCCGGAAUUUCUUUCAAAAUUCUGUCAGCAAGGUUUCGACGAUGCGAUGCAGUUCCUUCAUCGUAAUAAUUUAAUCAACUGUCGUCGUUGUGUGGCGGUCCAAUCAACAUUUGUAGUAUCAGAAACCGUGGCACAACCACAGGACUUUGAUCCAGAGUGUAGAGAAUGCAAAAAGCAUAGAAACGACGCUUUAAGCUCAAACAUGCCAGAGACUGUAUUGGAUGUCAUUCAGGAUUACAUAGAGCAAGCUAAUAAAGGAUUGGCGAAUUGGAUAUUUAAACAUCGUGGAAUAAAACUUUUGUCAUUACCAGCAACAGUACCGUUAGACUUCUUUAUGGCAACUGUUUCCAAGAUUACAACACUCACACCGAAAUUGAGCAAACACAUUCGCCACAGGAUAGAAACUAUUUUAAGAAGAUUAAAUGAUACUGUACACACCCGCAUUCUAAGCAAAUUCACGAUCUGUGAACCGCCACACUUCGAUACGACAGGUUUACUGCAUUCCAAACGGCUAUACGGACCAAGAGUAUCAAUAUUAGUUGAUGAAUGUGGUGCACCUUCGAUAGAAGGAGAUGUGGACAACUAUGAACAUGUUCUCAGAGUAACUACUCAUAACGAUGCACUCUAUGCCUAUUACUAUACCGACGAUCUUACGAAUAAAGUCAAAGUUACAGAAAUAUUUGAAAUUGACGAGGAAGAAAAACUAGCAACCGAUCCGAAAUUAUUCGAAGGCAUCGUUGAAGAUCAUCCAAACCCACAUCAACAUCAUCAUAAUGUUGUUAGUGAAUGGAAUGGAAUAGAGUCUGCGUUUUAUAUUGAUGAGUACGCGACUAACCAAAUGCCUUUCAAACGAGACAUUAUACGAAAAACUUCGACAAAUAAAAAUACGACUGGAUACGAGAAUGAAGACGAAUAUGCGAUUAUUAAUGAUAACAUUGUUGGCGAAGAAAUCGAAAGUGAGGUGUUCAGCGACCCAGAAGUUGACCACUACUUUGGCACACAACAGCAAAGAAAUAAUAGAGAUGGAGUAAGAGAUUUCUCCAAAGUUUUUGAUGGCGGCAAGCCCGACAGUUUUCAAAGGCAAUCGAGAUGAAUUAUGAACUAUAUAUAGCUAUACUUCCGAUGACUUGGAUAUAUAAGUAUACAAGCAAAUGGUUGUAUUGUUCUUGCCUUUAGUUAAAUAUAUUUAUAUUAAUCAAUUUUCGAAGAUAUUGGAAGUUCAAUUGUUAGCAAAUGGAAAAUAUCUUUCAAAUACUAUAAUUUGAAAUUAGGUUCGUUAAAAUAUAUAAAUGAAUCAAUUAUAAUACUAUUAAAUAUAAGCAUUGUAUGUAAGUAAUUAUAUCUAACUAUUUAGUAACGGUUUUUAUUUAUUAUAUCCGAAACAAUAUUGUGGACUUUCGAAACUCAUAAAUGUAAAGUAUUGUAUUUUUAUGCCAUAAUAGGUGAAGGUGUCCUAUAUGCGCAACCACCGGGACCUGAUGAUUUACAAUUAUUUGCGUAUAUUCGACACAAUCUUCACCACCAUGUUUAAUAAUCGAAGCAGUCUAAUGCUUUGCAUUAAUAACUUUGAAAGUAUACUAUUAUUGUGCUAUAUUGGAAUAGAAAAUAUUUUUGAAUUUAAAUAUGAACAGUUAAAAAAAUGUAUUACUUAAAUUUCAGGAAGUUUGUAACCUUGAAUUCGAUUUACUCAGUAUAGCAAACACAAGGCUGAUCACCUAGUGAUUAUAUACUUCGUAUUUUGAAUCUAACUUUUUGAUAUUACACUAUAUCGGAAUAUUUAACUAUAUAUUAUUUCAGAAGUGAAGUAAUGUAUUCUUAUUUUAAGAAUUUCGGGUAUAUAGAUUCUCUUAAGACAUUUUCAAAAAUAUGUAAGCCAGUUUUCUAACAUAAAAUAUAUUUAUUUCUUAAAAUGAGUUGAAACUUAUUGCUGGCCUAUACGCUUAAGACAAAUAAAUCCAUAUUAUAUAUACA